ACUUUGCGCCGGGUUGGACGCAGGUUGAUGACGCAAACAUAACCGGAAGUUGUCAGUCGUCAAGCGUCCUGUCUGCAGUGCUGAUAAGGAUGUCUCACCAAACAGAAAGGCAGGAGAGUGAAGAACCAGAAGGCAAUGAGGGGAAUCUGAGGGGGGAGGCAGUUCAGAAGGAAGUGAUGAAAAAGAGACGUAGAGAAGAUGAAGACGAUGACGAGUCACCCUCCAAAAAACAGGUUACCGAUCACGGUGUAAAGGUGGCGAGUCACUACAACAAGCUGCAGGAAGUUGGUCUGGCAGCUCGAAGUCGAAGCAGAAUCUUCUUCAUGAGAAACUUCAACAACUGGCUGAAGAGCGUCCUGAUCGGUGAGAUCUUGGAUCAGGUGCGGAAAGCGGGAAACAAGCGGGUGUGUGUGUUGGAUCUUGGUUGUGGAAAAGGUGGAGACUUGCUGAAGUGGAGAAGAGGAGGAAUUGAUCACCUUGUUUGUGCAGACAUAGCCGCCGUGUCGGUGGAGCAGUGUCAGAGCCGCUACGAUGAGAUGAAGAGGAAAAGUUACUCCAACGAGAAACUCUUCAGUGCUCAGUUCAUCACCGCAGACUGCUCGAAGGAGGUUUUGCCGGAGAAGCUGGACGACGGCGAGCUGAUGUUCGACAUCUGCAGCUGUCAGUUUGUGUAUCACUACUCCUUUGAGAGCGAGCAGAAGGCAGACAUGAUGCUGAGGAACGCCUGUGAGCGUCUGAAACCCGGAGGCUUCUUCAUUGGAACCACGCCAGAUGCCUAUGAGCUGGUCAAACGUCUGGAAGCGUCGGACUCGCUGUCGUUCGGUAACGAAGUCUUCAAAGUCUCCUUCCAGUCCAAAGGCUCCUACCCUCUGUUUGGAUGCCAGUACCACUUCAGCCUGGAGGAGGUGGUCGACGUUCCCGAGUUUCUCGUCUACUUCCCUCUUUUUGAGCACAUGGCGAAGCGCUACAACAUGCGCCUGGUGCUGAAGCAGAGGUUCUCCGAGUUCUUCAAGGAGAAAGUGAAGAACGAGCAGCACCGCAGCCUGAUGAUGAAGAUGAUGGCUCUAGAGCCGUACCCCUGUGAGGACGGAGGUCAGCAGGCCACAGACAGCAGAGACGAAUACGCCGCUGCUCAAGAGCACUGCGAGAAAGCAGGAGUUCGACCUCCGCUGGGAACUCUGAGCCGGUCUGAAUGGGAAGCAACCAGUAUCUACUUGGUUUUUGUGUUCCAGAAGAUGUCCUGAUCCGGAAAACAAGCUCCUCCCCUUCUCCUCAUCUCACCUGUUCAGUUUGUUUUUUUUGUAGCGUUAGUCUGUUAUUCUUUUUAAGUAGAACUACCAACUGUAC